AACCAUCGCCCAACCAUGAAGAGCCCGAUCUUUAGGCAGUUACUGAUCCUCAUUGGCUUGGCCGUGGCUACCUAUUCCGCAGCAAUAGAUGGGCCGGUUGGGGCAAUUGAUUUCUACCAGCUAUACGAUAACCCAGAGGCCCACAUCGGCCUCAAGGAUCGAUUGACGACGGCUGAUCGUAUUGCCGCUCACGGAUAUCCAUCAGAGCAUCAUCACGUUAUUACCGAAGAUGGCUACAUCGUAGGAAUUUUUCGCAUACCCUAUUCCCACAAGCUCCAGAAUCAGAACGAGAAGCGUCCUAUUGUCUUGAUACAGCAUGGCCUGACUAGCUGCUCGGAUGCCUGGAUCCUGUGCGGACCUAAUGAUGGACUACCAUAUCUGCUGGCCGAUGCUGGCUACGACGUUUGGAUGGGCAAUGGUCGCGGCAACACCUACUCUAGGAACCACACGACGCUCUCCACAAAGCAUCCCCACUUCUGGCAGUUCUCUUGGCACGAGAUUGGGCUCUACGAUAUUGCGGCCAUGAUCGAUUAUGCCCUGUCCACCGAUAAUGGCAAGGGACAGGACGCCAUCCACUAUGUGGGUCACUCGCAAGGAACGACGGUGUUCUUUGCUCUGAUGUCCUCACGCCCGGAGUACAAUAAGAAAAUCAAGACAGCUCACAUGUUUGCCCCGGUGGCGAUCAUGAAAAACAUGGCAAACAAAUUGGUGCGGGCUCUGGGUCCCUAUUUGGGCCAUCAGACGAUAUAUGCAAAGCUAUUUGGUUCCCAAGAGUUUCUGCCCCACAACGACUUCCUUAUGGCCCUUCUUUUCAACCUGUGUGAACCGGAUUUCAUGCUGCGUCCGGUAUGCGAAAGUACUGUACAGUCUCUAUACACCGGUGGUCGCGUUAAUAUGACCGCCAUGCCAGAUGGUCUGGCAACACAUCCGUCAGGCUGUUCGACCGAUCAAAUGCUUCACUAUAUCCAGGAGCAGCAAUCCGGCUAUUUCCGUCAAUUCGACUAUGGCCCCAAGAAGAAUUUGCAGGUCUAUGGCUCGGAGGAGCCACCAGAGUAUCCCGUGGAGCUGAUUACCUCAGAUGUUCACUUGUGGUAUUCCGACAACGACGCCAUGGCCGCAGUGGAAGAUGUCGAGGCGCUGGGCGAACGUCUGCCCAAGAAGUCUAUGCACCGCAUGGCGGAUAAAGAGUGGGAUCACGGGGAUUUUGCCUUAAACCACGAGGUUCGUGUAUAUCUCAAUGAGCCCGUGAUUGCCAUCAUGGAGGAAUACGAGAAGGCGAGCAGUGCAGUUUGAUUGAGUUAUUGUGUUAUCUUAAGGACUUUACUUUAAGUUAUUUGAUAAGCUGCCUAAUCGUAGGAACAAGUUAAUAAAGUAAUCGAACCUCUCAUCGAAACGUAA